UGAAUCAGGAAACGUGUGCUAGGUUUUAAGCAGUGGAAAGGACAAAAUGGCCUGGCGGUUUAAGGCUUCCAAGUACAAAAAUGCUGCCCCUAUCGUUCCCAAGCCAGAAGCCUGCAUCCGCGAUAUUUUUGUUGGAUCAUAUCAAACUUAUGGUAACAAUAUCGCAGCAUCUGCUGCCUUUAUGGCAUUCAAUGUCGACCAUAAUGGUUCUAGUUUAGCCGUACUGCCAUUAGAAGAUUGUGGAAGAAAGAGCAAAACCAUGCCUUUAUUACAUGCCCAUACAGAUACUGUAACAGACAUGGAUUUCUCGCCCUUUCACGAUGGACUACUUGCAACUGGAUCUCAGGAUUGUUUGGUGAAAUUAUGGUACAUCCCAGAAUCUGGAUUAGAAGAAUCACUCUGCAACCCAGACUGUACCUUUUCACACAGGCAGCGGCGAGUGGAAGUAGUUCGCUGGCAUCCUACAGCGGAACAUCUUUUAACUACCGUUUCUUACACAAAUCUUUCUCUUUGGGAUAUUGUCUCCCAGAAAGAUCUUUUCUCGACCAACGAGCACACGGAUGUGAUUCAGUCCGUUAGUUGGAAACAAGAUGGUACGAUAUUAGCCACUUCCUGUAAAGAUAAACAGGUCAGGAUUAUCGAUCCCCGAGCUCCUAAAAAUAUUAUCAAUUCCUCCCCAAGCCAUCAAAGCAUAAAAGAUUCACGAAUUGUUUGGCUUGGUAAUGGAGAGCGUAUAUUAACCACAGGUUUUGAUUCAGCCAGACUUCGCCAAGUUUAUAUUAGGGAUCUGAGAAACCUCAGCGAUCCGAUUAAGACUUUGGAGCUUGAUUGCAGUACAGGGAUAUUAAUGCCCCUCUAUGAUCCCGACACGAAUAUGCUUUUCCUCGCGGGGAAAGGCGACACGACAAUUAUUUAUAUGGAAGUCACGGAAAAAGAUCCAUACCUCGUAGAGGGACUUCGUCACAGUGGAGAACAAACGAAGGGCGUUUCUUUGGUCCCAAAAAGAGCGCUCAAUGUGAUGCAGGCAGAAGUCAACAGAGUAUUGCAGUUAACGUCUAAUAUGGUUAUUCCAAUCAUGUAUCAAGUUCCGCGAAAGACAUACAGAGAUUUCCAUGCAGAUAUUUAUCCCGAUACGGCAGGUUGCGUGAGUAAUAAUACCGCAGCAGCCUGGAUUAAAGGUCAGGACGAACCUGUUCCCAAAAUGUCAUUGGAUCCUUCCAAGAGAGCAAGGGGUGAUGAAGCAAUAACGGUACACAAAGGAAAUUUAUGCGCUCUGAAAGAUAACCAAAAGGAAAUAAAAGUUGAACAAAUUCGACAGCAAAAUUCGAUUGCAAUCGUAACGCCGAAGGGCUACUCGAAAGUGCAGGCCAUCAUUCAAGAAAAGGAUGCAAAAAUAGACAAAUUUGCGGAAGAAAUUGAAGAAGCGAAGAUACUUGAGAAAUCUGAGAAACUAGAGAAACCAGAAAAACCAGAAAAGUUAGAAAAAAAGGAGAAAUGUGAAAAAGAAGAUGAAAAGGCUAAAAUACAGAAUGGGGCUCACGCUAUGCCACCAAAACCUCUUCCUAGAGCUUCUAGGACAAAUAGUAUCUCUGAAGAAGAACCGAAGCCUGUAGCACGACCGCGCACUACUCCAGGUCCUGGAACAGUUGUAACUUCAGUCAAUCCGAACGUUGUCGGAGGAUACAAGCCUCGUCUCGGACCGAAACCUUUCCAAGCGAAGUCUGGUAACCAGGAUUUCAACUUUGAUAAAGUAUUUUCUGUGCCAAUUGCUCCGUCAACUGAAAACAAUGUAUAUUUAAAUGACUCUAAUAUACAGGCAGAAGCCCAAGCAGAAAAAGCGGAUACUGAAAAACCACCGACUCUCGAAAAUUAUGGAGUCAAAGAGGCAGAAAAUGGAAAAAGUGAUUCGAGUUCAAUAGAAGAAGAUGCCAACUCUAGUGAUUCUGGAUAUAAACCAAAAACUCCGAGCACUGCCGAGAGGCGUAAAUUAUUUGAGACCAAAGUCAAGGACGAGUCUCCGGAAAAUGAGGAAUCAGGGAAUUUCGAAAGAGGGAACAUUAACAGAAAUUCUAUUGCUGAAAGAAGAAGGUUGUAUGAAAGUCGUUCGGUAUCUGUGACGGAUGGAAAUCUAGCUGAGAAAUCUAUGGGAUCUCCAACGCCUUUGAGACGAAGAGAUUCGUUUAAGGCGAAAAACGAAAUUAUUAAAGAGGAUGAAGUUAAAAAACCCGUACCGAUUUUGAGACAGCAAAGCAUGGAUCCGAGGUUGGAGAAACCGGAACCUACACCAACACCGAAGAGAACAUCAACUGUUUUUGGUCGAGUGUCUAAGUUUAGGCAUUUGAAAGGCACUACUGGUCACAAGUCCACUCAUAUCGAAAAUAUUCGGAACAUCAGUCGACAGAUAUCUGGAGAGUGCGAUGGCUUUCAUGCUAAUGCUGAUCGCGUCGCUGUACCUUUGAGUGGGCCAGGUGGAAAAAUAGCAGUUUUGGAAUUACAGAAAACUGGAAGACUUGCAGACGGAGUCAUGCCAGCUUUAGUUCAUGGGGCAACAGUUAUGGAUUUUCAGUGGGAUCCUUUUAAUAAUCAACGUCUUGCAGUUGCUUGUGAUGAUGGAAUGAUUCGACUUUGGGAAAUACCAGCAACAGGUUUAACGGAACCAACUAACGAACCCUCCUUUACUGUCGAAGCUCAUGCAGAUAAGAUAUACCUAAUUAAAUUCCAUCCCUUGUCCUUGGAUGUUCUCGCCUCUGCCUCUUAUGACAUGACUGUUAAAAUUUGGGAUUUGGAGCCUCUAGCUUCAGGGGAGUUUGUCAAAGCCCAGAUUUCUUUGACUGGUCAUACCGAUCAAAUAUUUAGUCUUGCAUGGUCUCCUUGUGGUCAGCAUCUCGCCAGUGCCUGCAAAGAUGGAAAGCUACGGAUUUAUAAACCACGAAGCAGUGACACUCCGCUUAGGGAAGGAAAAGGCCCGGUCGGGACAAGGGGAGCGAGAGUUAUUUGGGCUCUGGAUGGACGAUAUCUGGUUGUAAUGGGAUUUGAUAAGGUUUCAGAAAGGCAAAUUAUAGUGUUCAAAGCUGACAAUCUCAAUUCGCCUUUGAAUACUGUCGGUUUAGAUGUCUCGCCAGCAAUCUUGAUGCCAUAUUAUGACGAAGAUAGCUCGACUUUAUUCCUCACUGGUCGGGGUGAUUCGACCAUCUAUGCAUUCGAAGUAACAGAGGAAGCUCCUCACUGCUGUCCUCUGAGCCACCACCGUUGUUCUACUUUACAUCAAGGAUUGUCUUUCCUUCCUAAAAACAAGUGCGAUGUCGCGAGUGUGGAAUUUGCUUCGGCUCUCAGGCUAACGAAUAAUACAAUAGAGCCAUUGAGCUUUACGGUACCUCGAAUCAAAAGUGAACUCUUCCAAGACGAUCUUUUCCCACCGACCAAAGUUACGUGGAGAUACACAAUGACUUCAGCAGAAUGGUUUGGAGGAGGCAAUACACAACAAACUAGAGUCAGUCUCAAGCCACCGGGAAUGGAUAGUUUGAGUGAAAAUCAGGGACAAACAGUAGUUACAGCUCCUGUAACUGCUAAACAAAAUACUCAUAAUUCGUCUCAGCCCUUUAGUAGAUGGAAUGCAGAUAUCACUAGCCAUUCUAAAACAAACGAGAUACAAAAAACGUUAAGCAAUCUUUUGGGAGACGUAAUUCAAUGUACACUGGAGCAGGAUCAAAUGGAAGGCGUGGAUGAACACGAAUGGGCUGAUUGAAUGCAGAUAGAGAUUCACGACACUCAACUAAUUUAUCCUAAGUUAAAUUAGGUUCAUAUUUCAUUACACUGGAACUUGGAUUUAAUCAGUCCGGAUUUACUGCGUUUCGAGAAUUGAUGUCACGGCGGUUUCGUGAUGUGCGGAGCAAGGGAGACUUGUUCAGUUAAGCGAGACAAACAAGCAGGAAGACCGCACUCUAUGCGCGUUAGUUGCAUCAGGUUACGUUAUCCGUGCAAAUGCAACAGAAAUGAUUCACGCGCCCCUGUCUGUUUAUAUUCGGACGGUCUUCAUUUAAUUUUAAGGUCAAUGCGAGCCAUACCCCUAACCCCUAAAUUAAAUUCAAGUCCUAGUGUAGUAGAAGAUAAUAAUGAAAAAUCUAAAUAGAUGUAUGAAAUUUUUUCAGCUAAUUGGUUCUGUUUUAUGGGCCGUGCCAUAAAUGUAUUUUUCUAUUUAUUCUGUUCCGCAGCUAAUAUUUUUAAUUCUCCAUUCUAAGCUCUUUGUCUCUAAUGCUGAUUCGUAAUUUUAUAUCUUAUUGAUAAUACAUGUAAUUUCAGAAAUCGCCAACGACCAUGUUUCAUCUAAUCAAAUUAUGAAACUUUAUGUAUUUAAUCAUAGUGGUAUCUAGAUUGGUAAUCCCGGAAAAUGACAGUUAAUUUAUUUAUUGAUCACGACCUUUCAAAAUUUUAGUAGGAAAACCUAUCGAAUUUGAAAUAUUUAAAUGUUGAACAAUUUUUAAUAUAUUAAUUAAAAAUAAUGAAUUUUUAAAGGUUCAAUUGUGGAAAACUUUAAGACUGAACAAUUCUAAAUGAAGUAUUCCCAAUUUAAAAGAUUUAUAUGUUCUCUUAUUGUUAGAAUUUUGUGGCCACCCUGAUUUAACAGAAUAAAUUCAGUUAAUAAUCAGCUUAGGUAAUCUACUGUUAGCAAAAAAUUACGUAUCCAUGACGGACUCUUUAUUACCCUAUCGAAAGAAAUCUGAGUCUAUUCUAAAGAUUCUCUAGGGUCAGAUAAGCUCAGAGAAAUUCUCCAUAGGCACUCA